GUCAGUGAGUGAUGCUAUGAACGGCAAGGCAUGUUUAUCCAGAUUGUAGAUGAUAUCGUCUCUAGGAGCUCGAAUUGCUCGUUGUGGAGGCAAAAAGCGUUGCCAGAUGCAUCAAUUGCUUGCUCUGACUGAGUGAUGCCCUUCCCGGCGGCUGGCCGUGACACUCCCAUCCAAAGCAUCACUGCUGCUCAGUGAUUGAAAUCCUGCUGCUAUCAGCUUGGUUCGAGCUCAUUGCGCAGUCUCUAUCACCAAAUCUCGCCGUGGAGGCGAAUGUGCUCCUCAUGAGCAUCAUUGACGUAGAUUUGGUGGCCAUUCACUCAGCCCCAUCACCUCUCCCGCGCAGGGGAGUCUCCCCCGCCGCUCCUAUUGGCCCACUCCCCUUGCACAUGCCUUCAGCAGUUCCCCCGGCCUCCCCACUGCUUCCACGCCCUGCAGGCUGCUUCCAGGACCUGCUAGACGCUUCCACGGUCUUCCAUCGCUCGUGGUUUAUGACUUCAUCACGCACGCACGGUCCUCUCCCUCGAGGUAUAUAAGUUCCCUCCCCCACCCCCAACCUACCUUUCUUUUUUUUUUUUUCUCAUGGUGGCCCUCAGACGUUUCUGCUGAGGGCCUAGUUCUGCUUGACUGCUGAACUGCUAGGUCGCUAUCUUUUCCCCGGUAGCACCCAAGUCAACCGGUUUUUGGACCCCGUCAACGGCUUUCUUGCCGCUGGCACUGUGUCGCCCGUAUUUGCACUGUUUCGGGCUGACGCGAACUUCUCUUUGAAGUUCCUGACCUUUUUUUCAUUGUUGUGUUUGCUAUAUGCAAGCC